AUGAAACCGUACGAUGGUACCACCGACCCGGAUGACCACAUAGCCUCGUACAAGCAGCGAAUGUUUACAGUCUCAAUACCCCGACCGCUUAGGGAAGCCUGCAUGUACAAGAGUUUCGGUUCUAGUCUAUCUGGACCAGCACUCCAAUGGUCUACGAACCUCCUGAACAGAUCCAUCGACUCAUUCACCCAGCUUACUGACACCUUCGUAGAGCAAUUCGCCAGCAGCAAGAAACUAGAGAAACUAUCGGCCGACCUAUACCGAAUAUACCAGAAAAUGGGAGAGCCAUUGAGAGAAUAUGUCAGCAGAUUCAAUAGGGAAAAGAUCUCUAUCCCCUCCUGUAACCCUGAGACUGCUGUGGACGCUUUCAGGAAGGGCCUCCUCCCAGACGAAGAUCUGUACAAAGAACUUACAAAGCUGGGUUGCACCACAAUGGAAGAUGCUCUGGCCCGGGCGGUUAUCCAGAUAAGAUGGGAGGAAGAUGAGAUGGACCGAGCUACCCAUUCUAGAUACGAAUCAAGGCGGAGCGACAAGAAGCCAGAGUCUAGACCGGUAGAGCACCGCUACCAACCCCCAGCACGUAAUAUGAGCAGAGUCAGGAAGCCUUAUGAUCGCCAACACACGAGAAAUGAUAACAGGCAGUUCGGAUCGAACCAACACAAGAUACUAGAGUACAACCUCAAUGUCGAGCCAACCCAGGUCGUAGCAAUAAUGAAAGGAUUGGGAUCCACCGUCAGGUGGCCUGGCAAGCUCAAUCCCGAGAUUGCCAACAUCCUAGUGAAAAAGGUGUUCGUAGAUGGAGGUUCGUCAGCAAAUAUCCUAUUCCUUGAAGCAAUCAAGGCGAUGGGACUAGAAGAAGCAAACAUCAACAGGCCGCCCGACAUUAUAACCGCAACGUGA